CUCACCCACUACUCCCAGACAGCACCUCAACCCCCCUCUAUCCACAGUAUCCAGCAUAUUCAACUUGCCACUAUAGCCCAUCUGCCGUCGCUGCGACACCCACAAAGACCAAUGAGUUGGAAGGGCCUCACGAAGAGCGUCACUCGGGCGCCUCAAACUAUCAAGCAGCGCUUUAACCUUGGCGACAACACAAAGGAUGCCGUCUACACGGAUGCCGAGAGACGCUUCCAGGAGUUGGAGAAGGAGACGAAGAGACUACACGAUGAAUCGAAAAAGUACUUCGACGCCAUAAAUGGAAUGCUCACCCACCAGAUCGAGUUCUCCAAGGCAUGCGCCGAGAUCUAUAAGCCUAUAUCCGGCCGCAUGUCGGAUCCAGACUCGUUCGUGCAAGAGGGAAACCCUGAGGGCAUAAGAGCGUGUGAGGAGUACGAGGCCAUCGUCCGCGACCUCCAAGAAACUCUCCAGCCAGAACUGGAGAUGAUCGAAACUAGGGUAAUACGACCUGCGGAUGAACUCUUGGAGAUCAUCAAGGUUAUUCGAAAGGUGGCCGUGAAACGUGACCACAAGCAACUUGACUACGAUCGCCAUCGGGCGACGCAGAAGAAGUUGCAGGACAAGAAGGAAAAGACCCUCAAAGACGAGAAGGCAAUGUACAGGGCCGAGAACGAUGUCGAACAGGCCACCCAGGAGUUCAAUUACUUCAACGACUUGCUCAAGGACGAACUGCCCAAGCUUUUCCGGCUGGAGAGAGAGUUCAUCCGACCCCUUUUCCAAUCCUUCUACUACAUGCAACUGAACGUGUUCUACACAUUGCAUGAGAAGAUGCAGAGCAUUGACAUCGGGUACUUCGACUUGACGCUUGAUAUCGAGGCAGCGUUCGAGAAGAAGCGGGGUGACGUUCAGGAGCAGGCGGAAGCUAUCUCUAUCACAAAGUACAAGACUACAGGCGGCCGGAAACCCGGGCAGCUGAAGUAUGGCAACAAACUCGCCAUCGAAGGGAAAACAGGCCCUCAACGGCGGUCAACUUUGGAUUCGACUGAAACUCCGCCCCCGCCAUACAGCCCAAAUCCCGAGAAGAACUCACUUUCACCUGCCUUUGCAGCUGGAGGAUUCGGAGUCGGCCGUGCAAAUAGCACUGGUAGCUCUUGGGGCGCUGCAGCGAAAUCCAAGGGUGCGGCACCGCCUCCACCAAAGCCCAAGCCGUCGCGGCUUAGCGGCGUCCCUGCCGUAGAGACGGUGACUGCUCUAUAUGAUUACGAGGCGCAAGCUGAGGGUGACCUGAGCUUCACCACCGGGGAUGUUAUCGAGAUCAUAACAAGGACUUCAAACGAUCAGGAAUGGUGGACUGGAAGGGUCAAUGGGCGGCAAGGUCAAUUUCCAGGGAAUUACGUACGUCUUAAUUCAUAAAGGAUGCGAUUGGCGCACGAGCAUCAUUGGCUCUUUCAUUCGUAACUUUAGCAUUGGGCGUUGACAACACUGACCGUAAUGCUCUUGGACCUGCAGG